AUGAAAACGAACGUGUGCGGAGAAUCGACUGGCCUGAAGUUAAGUGGGCUGUUGUCUGUGUUGUAUACUGACGGGGGCGACCAAACGAGCGUUCAGGGGUGCACUGCAAAGGUGGCUGUGAUUGGCGGUAUUGGGAGCAGCCUAGAGGUUCUGGUCAUGGCGGACCCGAAGGACCUUGCAAAAUCGCGUUCCAAGUUCGACCUGGCGCACGACAGCGUGCGACUGCUGGUGCUGCCGCCCAAAGGCCUGGACGAGUGUCUGGGUGAUGUUUUCAUGCCUGAGCGUGAACAGAAGGACAACAAGAAGAGCUAUAGCGAGCUGGACGAGCGGGCGGCGCUGAUCGAGACGCGGGCGGCUGACUACUACCGCGCUGUGGACUCCUUUGCAACCAGCAUUUGGCACGGCUUGGUGGCCCCCGAGAAUCCACUGGACGCGUUGGACAAGUGUGUCGCCGACCAAAUUUAUGAAGACAUUAUGCCGAGGACUAUGGCACGGGCACAAGCCGUAGAAACUGCUCCACGACCGUUUGUCAAAGAGUGGCGGUCGGUCACUGACGCCGACUGCGACCUGCUACGGAAGCAGUAUUUCGGUCACCCCCGAGAUUCGAAAAUGCACGAGGCAGAAUACCACGAGUUACAAAAAUUAACAAUACGAGCCAUGGCUCCCGAUGCUAGCCCCAGGUCCCGCGUGAUCGGUCAGAGACUGCUGGAAUGGGCCUUCGUGGCUAUUACAGUCGCGGCCAUUCAAUGGUUUGUCACCGACAGUUUCUGGGACGACGUAAAGGGUUGUUCCGUGGUUACCGACGGCACGGCUGUGGGCAAUGACCCGGCUGUGGGCAAUGACCCGGCUGGCAAAUCCGCAACGGCGCAACAACUGCAGCAAGCUCUAUCGACCGAGGCUCCAGACUUCUGGCAGAGGAUGAUGAACAGAUUCAGCCGAGUGGCGAGUAGUGCCAUACGGAAGCAGGAUACACCCACGGCGAGCCAUGUGGGAGAUUUGCCUGUGGGUGAACUGGUCAGCUUUUCUUUAUUGAAUAAGACGGGUGUAUUCGUCGAUAGCAAGACAAAAACUGACUUGCAGUGGUACCGUGCGUCAUUUGACAAGUGCACGGACAUGUUCUACGAACCGGAGCCGACGGACGUUAUGAUUCCGACUCGACGACUUAAGCCCUCGGACCAUGACCUUUGCGGUCAAAGGAAUAACGGCACCUUGAUGUGUCGCAACUUGAGAGUUCGUAAUCCCCAGUGUUUCAACUUCGUGUCCGGCGAGGCGAAUAGUCCACGCGGUCUCAAUUUCUUGUGGGACGUGAUUGAUAGAAUCUUUCAUUUUACAGGUAAGGAAGAAUGCGUCAUCCGUUGCGACAAUGCUGACCGAAUGAAAUACAAGUUGCUCAAGGCUGCAAAACAGGCCCUGUCCGAGAUCCCGACAACCACGGCAGCACCAGCGACCACGUUGUCUCCGUUUGAUGAGCUACCUGUGGGUCAGUUGGUGGACUAUGCUUUAUUGAAUAGAACGGGGGUAUUUGUGGACCCCAUUUUGAGUAUCGAUCUGCAGAAUUACCGCGCCCCUUUUGACAAGUGCGAGAACAUAGAGUCAAAGCCGGAGGUAACGGACGUCAUGGUCGAUGCCGGACUAUUUAACGCGAUGUCUGAGCACAAGAUAUGUGGCAGGAACAAUACUGGUACCCUAAUGUGCCGCGACUUGAGGGUGCGCAACCCGCAGUGUUUCGAGUUCGUAUCUGGGUUGGAAACUCACCCGAAGGGUCUUCUUACCUUAUGGAGCACGCUUGAUAGAAUCUUUCGUUUAACAGGCGACGAAAAAUGUCUUAUUCGUUGCGAUAAUAUCCACACGCUUAACAUGCAACGAUUAAUUGAUACUGCCGAAAGACGGGCCAAACUUACCCGUAGUCGUGCCAGACAUCGCUACCGAAGCAAGCGAGGAUUAAACCAAGAGUUCCAGCCAGCAGACACCAAUUUGACUCAGACUACCAAUUUGACUCAGACUACCAAUUUGACUCAGACUACCAAUUUGACUACCAAUUUGACUCAGACCACCAACUCGCCGAUCGACGCACGUGAGAUAGUUGACGAGUUGAUAACGGAGGGUAUCAAGGAGAUAGUGGAGACCAUUAAUGAAGAAUUGAGCACGAUUACUUCGGAGGCAGUUACGAUGGAGGAGACGACUACAGUCAGUGGUGCUCUACCUGUUGGCGAGUACGUAGACUUUGCUAGAUUAAAUAGGAAGGGUUUGUUCGUGGAUCCCCAGACGGGAGAUGACUUACAAAAUUACCGAGCAUCUCGUAGCAAGUGCGUGGACAUGGAUUCGUACCCCGAACCUACAGAUAUCGUUAUCAGCGGCCCGGAACUCGACACAUGGCGUUUCAAUAAUAUCUGUGACACGGACGGUGCCACAUUGAUGUGUCGCGACCUUCAAGUUCGCAACGCUCAAUGUUUCGAAUUCGCCCCCGGUGACGACAAAAAUCGGCCUCGUCUACAGCCUUUGUUGGGAAUGAUUAAUCGAAUCUUUAAUCUCACUGGCAAUGAAGAGUGUGUGGUUCGCUGUGACCAACCGGAAACAAACAUGGAGAGCCUACUUUUUAGGGCCGCCCCUCGCGUCGGCCAGCUCUACGACCGUUCGGGUCUCGGUGAUGCUCAUACCUUGGAAGGGCGCCAACGCUUCGAGAGUGCAAUAAAACACAGCUUCUCGUCCAUCACCGACAAGAAACAACUUAAGCGCCUCUGGUUCGAAACUCCUUGCGGAACGGGUACUUGGAAGACGCAGGAUAAAUACCCCGAUUGCGUGUGUCCAAAACUGAGUGUUACUUGCGAACUGCAAGAUGCUGAAGGCGAGAGACUCGAUGCUAGCUUCGACAUCAAAUACGACGACUCCUCUAGGAUGGAGCGAGGACGAGAAUUCACAGAGCAAAUUAAGCCGAUACUUGACUCUCCAGGUAUGGACAUCAAACGCUGCCUCUACCAGUGUCUCACUCAGGUCCUUUUUGAUUGA